CAUGUCCGUCGAGGUUAAAGUUGACACUUGAUUUCGCCCCUUAAACAUUCCACUAUCAUCGUACCUCAGAACAUGUCAGCUGGCAAAAUUUCUUUCCAGGCGUGUAUAUAAAACAACCUCAGAACAUCACAGACUGAAAAGCUCAAAAGAAAGUAAAUAAUGGCGAGGAUGAUUGAACUUGUGUUGUGCGUUGUUUUCCUAUGGGGUGUGUCGGUUGGGCGGGCUGUGGAAGUCAAGCCAGGCUCAUGGAAGCUGGUCGUAAGCAAUGGAGGCGUGUCAGCUAUGCAUAUGACCACGACCUACAAAGAUACAGUCGUUAUGUUCGAUCGAACAGACUACGGUGCUUCUAAGCUUCUGCUGGACAAGGGGCGGUGCAGAAACGAUGCGAAUGACUUGGCUCUGAAGCACGACUGCUGGGCGCAUUCCAUAGAAUAUAACAUUGCUUCCAACAGCCUCAGGCCCCUCAUGGUCAUGACUGACACAUGGUGCUCCUGUGCUUCUUUCGCUGCUGACGGCACGUUGGUUAGUACGGGUGGAUACAACGACGGCGGAAAGGCUGUUCGUUAUUUCCAGCCAUGCAACAAUUCUGCAUGCGACUGGAAUGAUUCACAGCCCACCAAGCUUGCAGAGAAUCGAUGGUAUUCUUCGACGCAGAUCCUUCCUGAUAACAGAGUGAUUGUUGUGGGAGGCAGACGGGCUUUCUCCUACGAGUUCGUGCCGAAGAAAGCUGGAGAAAGUUAUUAUAAUCUGCCGUUUUUAAUGCAGACCUUUGUUGUCAACGUGGAGAAUAAUCUGUAUCCUUUUCUUCAUCUCUCCUCCGACGGGAAUCUGUUCAUCUUUGCCAACAAGGACUCCAUAUUGCUCGACUACAAAACAAAUCGUGUGGUAAAGAAGUUUCCCACGAUGUUAGGAGGGGCCAGGAAUUACCCCUCCUGCGGUUCGUCUGUUAUGCUGCCAUUGACUGCCUCUGACGGGUUCAGAAAGGUUGAAAUCCUCGUCUGUGGUGGUGCUCCUGACAACAGCUUCACGUCUGCAAACCAGGGAAAUUUUCUCCCUGCGCUUCAGAGUUGUGGACGAAUUGUCAUUACAGAUGCGAACCCUGGGUGGGCAAUGGAGAACAUGCCCAGUCCAAGGGUUUUGAGCGACAUGCUCAUUCUUCCCAAUGGAGAGAUUCUCAUUAUAAAUGGGGCAAAACAAGGAACCGCCGGGUGGGAACUGGGAAGGGAUCCAGCUCUAGCUCCGUUCCUCUAUAAACCCAAUUCUGUUCCCGGUUAUCGAUUCUCCACUUUGGCGCCCUCCACCAUUCCAAGAAUGUAUCAUUCAAGUGCAAGUGUUUUGCCUGAUGGACGGAUUUUGGUCGGCGGAUCCAAUCCCCACGUUGGGUACGUUUUGUCUGGAAUUCCUUAUCCGACAGAGCUCCGUUUGGAAGCAUACAGUCCUUAUUAUUUGGAUAGUUCUUAUGUGGUCUACAGGCCUACUAUAGUCGCCUUAUCUUCUUCUUCACUAAUGUAUGGCCAAAAGUUCACUCUGCAGUUCACUGUUUUCAGUUACACUGCCUACAAUAUUGCGUUCCAUUUGUACGCGCCUUCUUUCACAACUCAUUCGUUUUCAAUGAACCAGAGGCUGCUGAUUCUAGCUGCAAAUUCUUCGAAAUCAAUGGAAGGAAAAUACUUUACAGAGGUGACAGCACCUCCAAAUUCCGUGACGGCCCCAGCAGGGUACUACAUGCUUUUUGUGGUUAAUAACGGAAUUCCGAGCGUGGCGAACUGGAUUCAUUUGUCUUAGAAGGUAAGCCACAUUAUACAUUAUGCCUGAACAGAAAAUCUAGUAUUAUUAUUAUGUAUUGUAUUUGUAGUGGCGUAAAACAGCACUGCAGAUAGAGAACGUGUGGCCAUUCUCAUAUUGUAAACACCAAAAUAGAAGAACACUGCGUUGUUUAUCACCUCAGGCCGACUGUAAUCAACAGUAACUAUAACUAGUUGUGCUCGUAUUUU